UUGCAUUACCAAAGGCCCGCCCAUUGCUGUUUUGCAUUUAGAUUUCAUUUUCCGAAUUGUUGGCAGAGUUCAAGAAAAAAUUCGCAGAACAGAAAAGAUACGUAUCGUUCGCGUAGCAGACGUGACGCUGCCCACCCACUAGCUUUGGACGCCCAGUUGGCCCAGAAGGAGAUACAGCGCGAGUUCGGGCCACAGGCUUGCAUACUCGAGGAGCCGUUUCGUGUGCAUGCCUCACGUCCAGGCAGUCAACGGCAAUCUGGCAGCGACGGCAAGGCAAAGCUACAUGCGCCCUGGUCGGAGGUCUUGAGGAACUACAAAGUGCAAUCAACCGACGGCUUCAAACAAUGGUAUCUGCUCUCGGUCUUUAUCGGCGAUGCUGUGCGGGAUGUGCCGCUAUGCAAGCACCUGGCCAAACGGAUGCCAUGUCCAGGCACUGGACCACUGCCGCUGCCACAGCCUCGCUAAGGAGUGGUCGCAUGUCGGACCAGGCGGCACUCGAACAUGGGCGGGAUUUAUUUUAUUUUUUAUUGUAGACGUCGCAGUUCCGGGGGCAUCUGCAGCAUCUGCAUCGCAUCGUGUAGUCAGUCAAUCGCAUGGACAUCGUUGUUACGUUCUUUCCAACUCCAACUCCGUUUCUAUCUAUCAUCACUCUUCAUCAAUUCGUACUGUUAGUUGUUUUUAAGGGCUUUAAUUUAAACGACAGACAGCAUAGGCUUAGACUUAUAUAAGUAUGUACGAAGAAUAUAGCUGCCACAGGAAC